AUGUUUUGUUACCACUGCCCCCUGACUGUUCCUCCGACUUCAGUAGCUCCUAGACCACCUCCUCUGCCAUUCUCUGUCUACUCAGCUGUUUCACCUUACAGCGGUUACGGUUACCAGUCCGACCUCCACGACGACAAUUUCGUGAGGAGAAAACAAAGGCGAAAUAGGACAACGUUCACCGUUCAACAGCUGGAAGAAUUAGAGAAAGCAUUUGCACAGACGCACUAUCCCGAUGUGUUCACGAGGGAGGACCUCGCCAUGAAAAUUAACCUAACAGAAGCAAGAGUCCAGGUAUGGUUCCAAAAUCGGAGGGCCAAGUGGCGCAAGGCAGAACGACUGCGCAAGGAGCGCGAGGAAAAAGAUCGCCUGCCGACCUCCGAAGGCGGGCCCCAGGCAUCGGACGACCGUGACGUGUCUUCUCCGGGGGCGGAGGACCCCUCGGACGACCCUUCCGGCCUCCUCCUGGCGGACAAGCCCGGGUCCUCGUCCUCCCCCAACUCCCCCCUCCGCCACCUGAGCGACGACGAGGAUGCGGAGAGCGGCGGCGGCAGCGGAAGGGAGGACGACUUGUUGUUGUCGCCGGCGGAGAGACCCGCAGCGGCCGCUGCGGCCGGCGCCGGGGGAACAGCCGCGGCGUCCGGGGACGACGCUGCGGUGGCCGCAGGAGACGCGAGCGUGGAGGGAUCCUUAGCUUUACUGUCCAAAACAUCUUCCUCUUCGUCUGCGGAGUCUUCCUUGCUCUUGGGUGGAACAUCCGACCACCUAGGUGAUUUCCCGUCCCUUCUUCUGUCUCGGUCUCCUAUGGCAUCUUUUGCUGAUUCAAACCUUCUGAAGGAUCCCUCUGGGUGCUUAAGGCCUGGCUCCUUCCUUAGGUCAUCCCUAUUUUCGUCAUUAUCUUCUGGGGGUCCUUUGAGCAGUCAAGCUUGCAUGGAAAGCAUGAUGAACCCAGCUAAUCACGGGAGGUUUCCAUUGCCUCCCAUGUACUUUCCUCAUCAUCUGAGCCACCAGUUUGCACCCACUAGUCUGCCCUUCAAAGCAUUUCCCUUCUGCGCGUGUUGUCUUCCAAAACCCGUGACUUCCUCCACAGUGACAUCACAAAGUUCGUCACCGGACGUGACGUCCACUAGCGUUACAGACUUGCGCAGAAAGGCGAGGGAGCAUUCCCAGGCCUUACUGCAAUCCGCUAUCCUGAACAGCAGCAGCAACAACCACCACCACCAACAAGAUCCAGCAUGA